AUGUCUUUUCGAUAUUUUGUCCGCCGUUGCCAUUAUCAAUAUCGCGGGUUCCAUGGCACGAAUAGAACCCUUUUUGGCUUAGAUAAUAUGAAAAUUGAUCCGAAUGAUCCAUUUAUCACCAAAAUUCGUUCAAAUCCAAGAAUUCUCUCAUCUAUUCAAGAAUUGGUUCAACUUUUGCAAAGCAAAGGUGUCGAUCUUAAUAGUGGUCAGACGCCAUCGAUGAUACAAAUGGCCAGGCUUGCGAGUGAUAAAGAAGUGUCAGCAAAAUUGGUUAUCAUUGACUCGCAACUUCGUGAAGCUGGUAUCGCGCUUGACGGAGAAACUGCACGGAG